AUGGCGUCAGUAGGCCCGGUAAACUUUCGCUCUAGUGGUUUUUCUGCUCUGUUCUCUGUUUCUUUCUAUCCUUCGUCUAUUUUUGGCUUUUUGGCUGUUUUCCAGGUCCGAGGCGACCUUUAAAGUGAUGCGUACUGUCUUUGGAUUAUUCUGAUGUGUGUGGUCUGCGCGGCUGUCCAUAAGUGCUGUCUUUUCAUCCCCACCAAAGUAAAGAAAUGCAUCAGUGUAUAAGUCGUGUUGGGCUUAUUGGUCUGUUUUUUCUGAGUUUUCGAUCAUAACGACGGCUGGGAGUUACUAGAGUGUUAUGGUCCUUUCCAGGAAUUUUCAGAAUCUCAAAUUAUUUUCAUUUUUUAUUGAGGUAAUGCUGCAUGAUUCAGUAGAAAUUAAGCCUAGUGUUUGUACGUAUGGAGGAAAGAGAGAAAUACUACAAGAACAGAGAGACAUUUCUAAAGGGAUCAGCAUUUCCUUCCAUUUUUUUAGUUAUUUUGUACCACCUCAAUGACCGAUCUUUAACUUUGAUCAAAAUCCUGAGAGAGAUUAUCCUCCCAAUAUCUUUACAGCUAGCUUAAGCCUAUUUAUUUCUUGAAGAAAAAUUCUCAUCAUAAUAUUGAGGAACAUUACUCGGAGGUUGAGUGUUUUCAUUUGUAUGUUGAAUUCCAGAAAACGUGGGAUCUCGUGAUAGUAUUUGCUACCCAAGGAAAUCAUACUCAUCCCGAGAGGUUCUACUUCCUUUCUUCUGGUCUCACGUGGUCAGUUGUGUGGAUGGAUUGAAUUGCUAAUUUUGAAUCUUAUUAGAACCUUAUUAGGUAGGUGCCAAUUCAAGUGGUCUUCAUGGUGCUUUUAAAAUUAAUCACCCUGCACGCCAAGUCAAGGUUUCACAAAGCCGAGGUAUUAUGCUGUCUUUUUUCCCGUUGAAAUUGAAACAGUUUCUACCGUUGUGAAGACUUGUUCUUUUUUCUAGUGAUAUUCAUGAGAUUGAAAAUCUCUGUGGUUAAUGAAAUUAUCUCUAGCUCCAUGAUUACUAUAAAAUUUUAUGUUUUUUGUUGCUAUUAUUAUCAUUCGAAGAAUGCUAUGACAGAAGUUUGAUUCAUCUCUCAAAGCCCUUACGAUUUGUGACUCCAGACCUCUAUGGAAUUCCAUGUCUUUUCCCUAAAGAGAAGAACGGUUUUAUGUAUUUGGUUAACCCUCUGAUCGCUGACAUGGGGACUCUUGUAAUAGAACAAGAAGUUAAGAGAUACCCUCUCCCGCUGAUGGCUAGCUUUUGAGGAACUCAGUCAGGAUCUGCAAGUUUUCUUUAGGACGAUAGGCUUCUUCUCCCUCUAAAUCUUGCACCCAUGUGACUGAGGCCGCACGUUAUUCCUCAAUCAAUAAUCUUGCUCUCUCACCUAUUGAAGGAAUCCCCUUUUGGACAACUGGAAUCUGUGGAAGAGGGCGAUCUCAUGAAGUAAAACUAUAGUGGGAAUUUUCCUGAUAUUGUGAGGCACCUGUGGGGGUAGAGAAAGGAAUGAACAUGCUGAGAGUGGGAAAGUAACUGGCAGUGCAACGGUGACCCCAUUUUAACCGGACAAUGGGACAAUCUUUUGUGGGACAUGAGAGCAAUCAUUGAAGAAUUGAUCAUUAUCUUUUCUCGGUUGUAGGGGGGAAUUCGAAUAAAAUAGAACCAUAAAAUGCGUGGAGAACUGGUGUAUGGGGAAGAGGUAGCCGCUGGCUUUCUGUGAUCCGUAUUUGAAUAGACGAACAUUUUCACAAAAAAAUGUCCAAGGCGAAUAAUUGUGGAUGCUUCAUUACAGUAAUUGUGAUGGGAAAAUGCCAAUUUAAAUCGACUGAAUAAAAAAUUACGUUACUGCAGUGAUCAUGAUUAUAAAUACCCCUAUUUUCAUUUAUUAAAAAUAUUGACGUGCUUGAAAUUCUGACAACAGUUAGCCACAGAUAUUUUCUUAACAUAAUCUGAUUAUAAGUUAUUAAAUGGCAAGAUGAAUAACAGCUCGCAAAUGUGAAUGGUACCGUACCUAAUGGACCAAAAGGGUUCCUCAUUGAAGUUGUAGGAAGCAUUUUAUUUGAUUGUUUUGUCACAUUGUUGUAUUUCAAGUCACUCAAUAUUAUUCUAUUUAUAUGAAACAAAAAAUAAAAAAUAAUGGUAUGAUAGUUAAAGAAGAAAAUAACGAUGCUGUGCUUUUAAAUGACAGGGCUUUUGUUCAGUGAUACUGUGCAAAAAAUGAAAAUAGGGACGUGUGAGAUAGGCUUAGAGGUUGGAAGUUAGGAAUUGGAGCUGUGCUGUGUCAAGAGGAAAAAGUUUAACUUCAGUGUGCCAAAGUCUGGGACUGAGGAUCGUGUAAUUCAAUCUCUUUGGUUGUUUUGAAAGGAUUCCGAAAAUGUCUAAAUUGUAUCUGUUCUGGUUGCUGAUUCAAUGGAGAGUACUACGCUUUUAAGUGCAGCUAGGAUCCUUUAUACAUUAGGAUGAAGCAACAGAUUCGUCCAUACCAUCGGUAGACUUUUUGAGACCAUGACUGAUCUUGAAAGGAAACGAAUGGAAAAAGUAGCACGUUGUAUUAAUGUAUAACUCUGAGCAUAUUUCGUUCUUAACAGAACAUCUUGUUUGAAUUCUUUGAAUGGAACACAACGAACUAAUUCAGAGUUUGGUUGAGUGAAUAAAUGGAUAUACCCCUAUGGGUCCAGUUAUAAGUUUUCUAUAAGAAAAGUAAGGAGCUUCUGUUCUUAAUUUGAAUGAUCACCUGAUCUAAUUUAAUUAGAUGUUAAAAAAUGCCUUCAUAAUCUAGUAGAGGCGACAUCAUGCUGAGGAGAGUGGAUUUUGUGACUGAUAGCUCGAUCGGUGUUAAGAAAACUGUUUAGUUUGUUUGGCACAUCUUAUUUAUUCUGGACAUCUUAGAGCUCAUGAGUUGAGAAAUAUUGUGAAUGGGACUCGAUAAUUUGAAUUGUUAAUGGAUGAAGAUUUGUUCUUCCAAUGAAGUUGGAAGCAAUUGAAUAAUUCUGCAUCGUGGAUCAUCGCAGAUUGUUUUUGUUGUUUCGGCGGAGUCAGCUUGUUGAGCCAUAAAUUUUGAUAAUUGAGUUUGUUAUUAUGUUUAUUUGAACUGUUAGUAGUGUAUCUCGUUAUUAAUUUUAUUUUUCUAACAUUUAGCGUAGGAAAUAUCUUUUAUUCUAGCUAACAUAUUCGUAUUUAUUAAUGCAGCCAUCCAAAAUACACUUUUUUCUGAAAAGGAUACAUCAACUGGGAAGACUGAUGGUUCUGCGAGUUCAAGGAUUACAGGUCUGCGUGGCAAACUGAAUAAAGUGGUUUUAGCUUACAGUGGUGGUCUGGACACCUCAGUAAUUGUUCCUUGGUUGAAGUAAGGCUCAUUUUUUCCUACUCGAAUAUCAUGUUUAUCUUUUUUUUUAAUCCAUUCAAGUAUUUGAAAUCUCUUGCCGGGUGUGUUCAUGAUACUCUCUGUAAUUCAUUUAGUGUAUGUAUUUAUUCACUCCUAUUUUUAGUGCAAUGAUAUAUUUUUUUUUGACAGUAACUGUUGUAAUAUAAUGAGAGAGGCUCCCGUAACCAAAAAUUGGUAGAGUGGUGAGAGUUAUUUUAGAUUGAUGGUCACAUGAUUAGUAUUGUAAGUAUUUUUUUCUGUUAUAUUUAUUUAAAGGAUAUCCUGAAAAUUUUCAAAUUUCAGGUUGAAAAAAUUUGCUUCUCUUUCAAAAUUUAAAAUCUUGCCUGACUGUAACUUUGGAUUUAGAAAGCCUUCGAGUUAGUUGAAGGAUAAAUUGUCCAUGCCGAAGCAUUUUCCAGAUUUCCCCGUUUCAGUGGGAUCAAAACAUCAUGUUUUCUGAACACUCGUUUCUGGUAUCUGUCACAGGGAAAACUAUGGAUGUGAUGUUGUUUGCUUCACAGCAGAUGUUGGCCAGGUAUGCCAAUGGACUAAACAAAAAUUGUUUACUCGGUUUCUUUUAUCAUUCCUUUGGUAUCAGCAGGCAUUGUCAAAUUUUUUGCGUAAUGCUGACUAGAGAAAGAUUGCUAAGAAAAACUAAUCAUUUUCAGAGUAAUCCUUUUUGUUUCCGUCAUUUAGGGCACACUUUUGUGUUGAUUGAACAUCACCUGGUUUCAUUAUUCCUUCAAAAAUAAUGCUUCAGUGUUGCCAUCACAUCGGUUCAUUCGAAAGCAGUCAGCCAUGAAUCAAUUGGUGCUUUUUCAAAGGAGAACGUAAGGGGUCACUAUUGAUGAAAAUGGAUUUUGUUCACUUUUGCUCCUUCCUGUGAAACAACGUUCUCUUUUGUGGAGUCAGUUUUGAUGCGAGUACUACUGAUGAUGCCACAGAGAAUGCUUCUGUUUUGAGAUUCGAUCCAAAACAGUACAGUCAAUCUGAAUUGGCGAGAUAGACUCACCUUUCUUGUCUUUGAGCUGUGCCUUAGCUCUUCAAGAGUGCCAUCAUUUUUGGGUAGUUAGCUGUCUUUAUAAAUCGGUUUCUUCUCUUCUUAUCUAAUUUUCUUAUGGAAUGUACUGCAUGAAUCAGAUCUACCAAUCUAUUUAUGGUUUUGUUCCUCAACCAAGUACUGGGUUCCCCGAUCUCACAUUCAAUUCACGUUCUUCUCUCCUCUUCUCACUCCCAAAACUUUCUCAAUUUGAAUGUUUCUCAAUUUGGGGUCAUCCCUGACUGAAUAUUUGUUCAUUUGUUCUUCUUAAUUGCCGAUUGAUGUCCCCUUGAAUUUCGUUAUCUCUACAAGGGUGACUUGGAACUGGAAGGCCUGGAAGCCAAGGCCAAAGCGAGUGGUGCGAGUCAGCUUGUGGUGAAGGAUUUGAAGGAGGAAUUUGUGAGAGACUUCAUCUACCCGUGCUUGAGAGCUGGCGCCGUCUAUGAGAGGAAAUAUCUGCUGGGGACGUCUAUGGCCCGCCCUGUCAUCGCUAAGGUAGUAUCCAUAUCCCUACAGGGCUCCCCUUCUCUGGUUGUAUGGGACAUAUCCCUUUUUAUUUCUCUGCUUUUCUAGUGAUUCUCUCUCUCUCUCUCUCUCUAGAAAUGUAUGCUUGUUGCCCUAUUACCUAUCAUUGAUAAUCAGGCUAGUCACUGCUGUCCAAUUUCCAAUGAGUAAAACCUCUGCAGGUUUACUUGAGAUCCAGUUUGCUCUAUCUGUCAUUUUACGCCCCACGCUAUAGUCUCCUGGUUGUCCUGAACAUAUGAGAACGGCUUUGUCUCAUGGGGAGGGGGAAUGGUUCUUCGGUUGACUUAGGUUCCUCCGCAGAGGUGGGUUUCUUCUCUCGCUGACUUUCCUCUCCUGCCUUGUUCCUCUGAGAUGACAGGCUAUGGUCGAUGUAGCUAAAGAAGUUGGCGCUGAUGCAGUUGCCCAUGGGUGCACUGGAAAGGGGAAUGAUCAGGUAUGCACAGCCCACCUCUCUUUCUUUCCUUUUUCCUCCAAUUCUGGUUCAUGAUUACAUUUAAGUUGACUUUUCACGCCUAUUUUCGUCAGGUCCGCUUUGAGUUGACUUUUUUUGCCCUGAAUCCCCAACUGAACGUGGUUGCCCCCUGGCGGGAGUGGGACAUCAGAGGCCGGGAGGAUGCCAUCGAGUAUGCCAAGAAGCACAAUGUCCCCGUCCCCGUGACGAAGAAGUCCAUCUACAGCAGAGACCGAAACCUCUGGCACCUUAGCCAUGAGGUAUGGCUAUUAAAUUCUAUCUGUUAUUUUUUUUCCAAAAUUGAUAACUUUUUAAUUAGCCCUUCUUGAUACUGAAGGGGGAUAUUCUGGAAGACCCGGCCAAUGAGCCAGCAAAGGACAUGUACAUGAUGACUGUGGAUCCCGAAGAUGCCCCUGAUUCCCCUGAGUAAUUAAUUGCCUCAGUCUCCUUUCUUUCUUACUUGAUUUUUUCUGAUGAACUAAGAAAAAGUGAAAAAAGUAUUUUUCUUUUUUUUUGAUAACUUAGAAGACCUUUGAUCUUCUAAAUUAUCCUUGCCCUGCAUUUUGGUGUUGCAGAUACCUAGAGAUUGGGUUUGUGGCGGGGCUGCCAGUAACGGUCAACGGCCAGGAGCUUUCACCAGCGGCGCUGCUGGCAGAGUUGAACGAGCUUGGGCGGCGGCACGGUAUUGGCCGCAUCGACAUGGUGGAGAAUCGACUGGUGGGCAUGAAGAGCCGGGGGGUCUACGAGACCCCUGGCGGCACCAUCCUCUUCGCGGCGGCCCGAGAACUUGAGUCGUUGACUCUCGACCGAGAGUCACUGCAGGUGAAGGACACCCUGGCCCUCAAGUAUGCUGAGCUGGUCUAUGCCGGGCGGUGGUUCGACCCACUCCGCCAGUCCAUGGAUGCCUUCAUGGAGCGGCUCACCGAGACCACAACAGGCUCUGUGACUCUCAAGCUCUACAAGGGCUCGGUCUCAGUGGCAGCCCGGAGGAGCCCAUUCAGCCUCUACAGGGAGGACAUCUCCUCCUUUGAGAAUGGCGACAUCUACGACCAGGCUGAUGCUGCAGGGUUCAUCCGGCUCUAUGGCCUCCCUACCCGGGUCAGGGCUAUGCAGGAGUCCGGCCUCUAA